UACGAAAUUGGAGGCAGCUUCCAAGUAGAAAAACACAAAUUUUCAACUCAAAAACUGAUCUUUUUUCUUGGGGCUGAAUAAUAUUUAGCUGAUGCCCCAAAAAUUUUUGAUUAAGAAAAAAACUAUUGAGGGAAGAAGAGGGAGAGACGAUUCAAGAAGUCAUGAGUUGUUCAAAGCUGUUAUUCUUAUUUUUCAUCAACUUGUUUUUUUGCAAACCCAUUUUUGCAGAAAUUUUUUUGAGUCCUGAUGAAAUCCCCAAGAGUUUCCUCAACUUUGCCAAGAAAGAUGAGGUUUUUGAUUGGAUGGUGGGGAUUAGGAGAAAGAUACACGAGAAUCCUGAACUGGGAUAUGAAGAAUUUGAGACGAGCAAACUUGUGAGGCAAGAGUUGGAUAAGAUGGGGAUUCCGUACAAGUACCCUUUUGCGAUUACUGGUGUGGUUGGGUAUAUUGGCACAGGGGAGCCUCCCUUUGUUGCAAUUAGAGCAGAUAUGGAUGCCCUUCCCUUACAGGAAAUGGUGGAAUGGGAUCACAAGAGUAAGAACCAUGGGAAGAUGCAUGCCUGUGGGCAUGAUGCUCAUGUUGCUAUGCUUCUUGGUGCAGCUAAGAUUCUUCAACACCACAGCCACCUCCUAAAGGGAACAGUUGUGCUUGUUUUCCAACCUGCAGAGGAAGGAGGUGGGGGGGCAAAGAAGAUGAUAGAAGACGGGGCACUUGAGAAUGUCGAGGCCAUCUUUGGUAUCCAUUCGAGUACUUUCUUGCCACCAGGCGAAGUCUCGACUAGGCCUGGUCCUCUCCUUGCCGGGAGUGGCUUCUUUGAAGCUGUAAUAAGCGGGAGAGGCGGGCACGCAGCCAUUCCUCAGCACUCGAUAGACCCAAUAUUAGCUGCAUCAAACGUGAUUAUCAGCUUACAGCAUCUACUCUCUCGAGAAGCUGAUCCUCUCGAUUCUCAGGUUGUCACGGUUGGUAAGUUCCGAGGUGGAGACGCGUUUAACGUCAUUCCGGAUUCUGUUACAAUUGGUGGCACUUUCCGUGCCUUUUCCAGCGAGAGCUUGCUGCAUCUUAAGCAGCGAAUAGAACAGGUUAUCCUAGGGCAAGCCGCGGUGCUACGAUGCAACGCAACCGUCAACUUCGAAGCAGAAAACAAGAUCUUCUUCCCCCCGACCGUGAACAACAAUGAUCUGCACGAACUCUUUACGAAAGUUGCAGGCGAAAUGCUUGGCACGGCCGGAGUGAAAGAGAUGCAGCCGUUGAUGGGAUCGGAGGACUUCUCGUUCUAUCAGGAGAUCAUGCCCGGCUACUUCUUCUUCGUUGGGAUGAAAGACGAGACGCUGGAGCAGCCGACCUUCCAUCACUCGCCGCAUUUCACCAUCAACGAAGGUGGCCUUGCUGUGGGCGCAGCUCUUCACGCAUCGUUAGUUGUCCGGUACAUCUCGGACAGCCGGAUGGGAGCUCCCGUGAUCGAUCACCGUCGACACGAUGAGCUGUGAGUAUGGAGAUGGGUUGGUGUGCUCAAACUUAUGUGGGAAUUGGCUGCAUAUUUGCAGAUCACACCAAAUCUUGGAUUGGGUUUUGGAUCACUUUUAAUUGUUAGUGCUACAUUUUUCACUGAAAGAUGUAUAGUUUGGUUCUGAAUAAUAAAUGCAAAACACCUUUAAUAGUAGUAUAAAAUUUCUGGGCUGAGGUAGGCCCAAAUUA